CCUGUGGGGUAAGCCGGCCUGCUCCGAGCUCCCCUGCAGAUGGAGGAGACCAUCCUGGUCCCCUGCGUGCUGGGCCUCCUGCUGCUGCCCAUCCUGGCCGUUUUGAUGGCGCUGUGUGUCCACUGUCACAGGCUGCCAGGCUCCUAUGACAGCACCUCCUCAGAUAGUUUGUAUCCAAGGGGCAUCCAGAUCAAACGACCUUACACACUCGCCCCCAGGCCGCCCACCUACCCACCUGUCACCUCCUACCCACCCCUGAGCCAGCCAGACCUGCUUCCCAUCCCAAGAUCCCCACAGCCCCCCGGGGGCUCCCACCGGAUGCCAUCUUCCCGGCGGGACUCAGAUGGUGCCAACAGCGUGCCGAGCUAUGAGAACGAGGGUGCGUCUGGGAUCCGAGGUGCCCGGGCUGUGGGGGGAGGCUGGGGCCUGUCCUGGGCUAGGCUGACCCCUGUGUUGUUACCCCCAGAACCAGCCUGUGAGGAUGCGGAUGAGGAUGAGGAUGAGGAUGACUAUCACAACCCGGGCUACCUGGUGGUGCUUCCCGACAGUGCCCCGGCUGCUAGCACUGCCGCCCCACCAGCUCCUGCGCUCAGCACUUCUGGCCUUCGAGACAGCGCCUUCUCCAUGGAGUCCGUUGAUGAUUACGUGAAUGUUCCGGAGAGCGGGGAGAGCGCAGAAGCCUCUCUGGAUGGCAGCCGGGAGUAUGUGAACGUGUCCCAGGAGCUGCAUCCCGGAGUGGCUAAGAUGGAGGCCGCCACCCUGAGUUCCCAGGAGGCGGAGGAAGUGGAGGAAGAGGGGGCUCCAGAUUACGAGAAUCUGCAGGAGCUGAACUGAGGGUCUGUGGAAGCCGAGUCUGUCCUGGAACCAGGCUUGCCUGGGAGGGCUGAGCUGGGCAGCUGGAAGUGGCUCUGGGGUCCUCACUUGGCAUCCUGCUCUGGCUCCAGCCUGACAACAGCCCGAGAAUCCCUCCUGUAACUUAUUAUCACUUGGGGUUUGGCCUGUGACCCCUGAACGCGCUGCAUCUUCUGACACAGCCUGAGAGUGACCUGCCCUGGCCCCAGCCGUACUCUGUGUAAUAGAAUAAAGGCCUGUAUGUGUCUUUGUUGUGUGUGCGUCUGUGUGUGUGCACGUGUGCGAGUCUGAGUCAGAGAUUUGGAGAUAUCUGUGUGUGUGUGUGUCUGUGGGUCUCCAUCCUCCACGGGGGCUCAGCCAGGGGCUGUGAGUGACAGCAGACAGUGGCUGGGACACCUGCCUUCUGAAUGAGGCCUUCUGACCUGGGCUGGCGCUGCUGGGGCUCAGGACGCAUCACCCCAUGAGACAGUCCCAGGACAUGGCAGCUGCUGGCUGUGACAGUGGUUUCACUGUCCUUAGGCCAAGGGACUGGACCCGAUGACCUGGGAGGACUCUCUUAGUUCUUACCUUUUGUGGUUCUCAAUAAAACAGAACUUAAAAAAUUG